CCGUUUCCAACAUGUUUACGUGUGCAUCACGGGCGCUCCCUCGGCGACUCGAAGCCGGGGUCGAGCGGGAAGUCUUCCCGGUCACCGUCCUCGAGCGCCAUCCGUUUACCAGUCAAACAUUUGUCCCACUCCGUGCCGAUCCACAAAGUCGAUACUUGGUCGUUGUCGCCCCAAGCCUCUCGCCGAGUGCCCAAGACCAACAGCUGCCAGUUCCCUCCUCGCGGCCUCCUGGCACGAUCGCUAAUCGAGAGUUGCCGGGUCGAGGGCUACCCGACCUAAAGGGCCUCCGUGCUUUCAUCGCCACUACGGACCAGGCUGUAACCUACGGGGCAGGCACGUGGCACUCCCCAAUGGUGGCCCUUGGCCCAGCUGACAAGGCGAUUGAUUUCUUCGUUUUCCAGUUCGCCAACGAGGUCUCCGUGGAAGACUGUCAAGAGGUUUUGUUUGGUCCGUCCACUGUCACGAUCCGCCUUCAACCUCAAUCGAGAGCGAGUAAACUGUAAUUAAAGAGCGCAUUGCUGUGUGGGAACACCAUUGCCUUGAUGGUUACAUGCAACUAGCAGGCCGGCGGCCAGUGCAAUCAUUGUGGCAUGGCUUGCUUGACUUGACCUGCUGUCCGGAGUUCGGUGUUGGACGGCCCAUGUGGCGGCUGAUAAUCACCACCAGCCUUAUGCACAAUAGUCUCAUUCACUCAGCCUGCCCACUUGAUCCUUUUAAAUGGGAGUUUGAAUGCAUGGAAUUGGUGGGGUAUUAGUAAGUAGAGGUAGUAAUCAAGUGUCUCGGUGUUUCG